AAUAGCCUGUCUGGAUUCUCCACGUAUUCAUAGUUCAUGUUAAACUUUGCUGAAUAUUUUCGCCCGCUCCUUUUUUAGUUGAACAGAAAUUAAAAUUCAAGAAUGAUGAAGACGGUUUUAUUUCUCACAGUGGUUUUAAGCGCGACAGCGUUAGAACUCCCCAGCAUUAUCAAGCCUUGUGCGAGGUCGGACCCGAAAGUAUUAGAAUGCGUUGCGAAUUCCGCCAGAGAUACAGUCGUCUCGCUGGCCAAAGGUCUGAAGAGCUUCAAAAUUCUGCCUCUUGAGCCAUUAGAGAUCAACAACCUGGAAAUUGGUGCGAACGAUGGUUCGGUAGCGCUCAAGCAGGAAUAUCAGAACGUUAAAAUAUAUGGACUGACGAAGAAUCUACAAGUUUACGAUUAUCAGAUAAACUGGGACAAAUUAAUAUUUACUUCGCGUUCUUACAAUCCUCGAGUGGACUUCACUGCCGAUUACAAACUCGAUGGCAGGGUUCUGCUAUUACCAAUCCGAGGAGAGGGCAAAUGCAAUAUAUCUAUGCACGAUUUGGUAUCAACACAUGACAUACGUUUUGAAACGUUUGAAAAAGAUGGGGAUACUUAUAUGAGAGCAAAGAAAUACAUUACUAAGUUUAUACCAAAACACGUAACCCUAAACUUCGAUAACCUUUUCAAUGGACAAAGAGCUAUAGGUGAACAAUUAACAAAAUUCUUCGCUGAUAAUGCCGACAUAAUUUUCCAAGAAUUUGCGGGACCUUAUGCAGAAACUUUUGGAAUUGUCUUCACGAAAAUCACUAAUGAUAUUUUCACCCGUGUGCCAAUGAGUAAAAUUUUUAAAUAGAUAAAAAUACUUGAUACUAUUUUGUGUUAUUUCUCUUACUUAAGAUAAUUUUGUAAGAUAAUUGAUAUAUACUAAUAUGCCAAAAUUGUAUUUAUGUACGAUAUUAGAAAUGUUUGAAAUGUUUGAAAUGCUUCAAAUUCGUGAUUAUAUUGAUAGUAAAUGUAUAUUGUGAAAAAAAUUGUAAAUUAAUACAUAGUUUUAAUAAAAGUAUGUGUUAUAUAAUUAUCA